AUGGUUAUUUUGAAUGUGAAACGUGGCGAUGAAAGCCUCUUUCUGUAUGAAACCAGUGUGAACACAGCCACGGAUACCGUUAUUCGCGAGCUUAUCUCCGUGUUUAAUGGACGCUUGAAAAUUCAACGUUUGUGCAUGGAGAUUGAGGAGUUGGCCGAUCAUGGCACCAUGUUGCCUGCAGAAAUGAUUGGUCUCAACGACGAUCAAAUCGAGGAGCUCAAGCUGAAGGAUUCCUUCGCCGACAGAUGCAUCCCCAUGGGCGGCUUUACUUUCAACAAGGAUCCGCUGUGCCGACGCAAUGGGCAGCAGCCCAACGAAGCCAUGCGCAAAGUGCUGACCAAAGCUAUGGCCGAUGCCAAAGCCAUGGUUGACAAGAAGCUGGUCAAGACUUCGUCCAAUCUUACGCUUAAAAUCGUGGAAGAGGCGAUCAACAUUUUGCGUGGCGCUGUGACCAUUGUUUAUCCCAUGAAGUUGCCGCCACACGACACCAUUCAGAUGGAGUUCGUUAACAUGGAGGAUUUGAGCGGCACUCAGGCCUCCAAGGAGGUCAUUGAACCCUCAAAGGCGCAACUUUGGUUUGCCGGUCGUCAAGUCUUGCCCGGCAAGCAGCUAAGCGAGUAUCUAGGCAACAACGACAAGACUAAAGUGGUUGUCAAGCUGAAUCAGUUGGGCGAAGGUCCGCCGGGUCGUGAGCAGGUGAUGACCGAACAGUUCCGUCGCCAGAUGAUGGCAGCUGAAUAUCGUCGCCAGGAGGAGCUCAAGCUACUAAAUCGAACGAUCAAGGCAGAGUUGUGUCAUGCGAAGUGA